CAGAGUACCUUUCCUUAUUAGACUGUUGUUUCAUUUUAGAAAUUGAGACCUACAAAGAAAUGCAGUCACUCUUUGUGUGACCUUAUAUAGCACAUAUCCUUCUUUGUGUGCAUAUCAUUUAACUGUGAAACUGCCAGAGAAUAACGUCUGAGAAUAUGCCACAAUGUCUGGAAAAGCUGAAGAGAAUUGUUACAGUGGAGCCGAUUAUAUUCUUUUUCAUGACCAGCACCUUCAUCAUGCUACCAGCAUAUCAACACCUGGUCAUGGACAAGGUGUGCCAAGAACUAUAUGAGGACCCAUCCAUAUGCGCUGACUCUGGGCACAGACAGAAUAAAGAAGUUGAGUCACGGUCCUCUUACAUGCUGCUGCUCUACACAGCCAUGACUAGUUUAAUAUCUAUCCUCCCGGCCAUGAUGUUGGGCUCCUGGUCUGACCGUGCUGGCCGCAGGUCAGUGAUGAUGCUGCCUUUUAUACUCUCACUGCUGAGUGGUGGAGUUCUGCUGGCUGUGGUACUGGUGCAGAGCCUGAGUGUGUACUGGUGUUUGCUCGGAGCUGCCUUUAUUGGCCUAACAGGUGGCCAUGUUUCCAUCUUUCUCAGCUCUUUUAGCUAUGUGGCUGACAUUACUGUGGAAUCUAGCUCCAGCCGCACUCUGCGCAUGGCCAUAGCCGAGUCUAUGGUCUUUGUAGGGGGCAUGGUGGGCUUUCUCCUUGGUGGCUUCCUGGAACAGGAAUUUGGCUUGGUGGCAGCUUUUGGAGCCUACAUGGCCUGCCAUGUUUUUGCUAUUCUUUAUAUUCUUCUGUGGCUAGAAGACCCCAAGCCAAGCUACAGCACUUUAAACUUAUUUUCAACUGAAAAUGGAGGGCAGGAGUCUGGAGCGUCUAUUCUGAAGUAUGCCAGGCUGUCCUUUAGGGCAGUGUUGAAGAGAAGGCCAGGUCAGGAUAGACUGAAACUGCACCUUCUCAUUUUGUGCACUUUCCUUAAUAACAUGGUAGCUGUUGGGGAUAAUUCUGUCUUACUGCUCUAUUUGAUGUAUGAGCCCAGAGAGUUCACAACUGCAACGUUUGGAGUGUUUAACUCUGCCAGAAUGUUCUUGUUGGGUGCUGCUCUCUUGGGCCUGUUUCCUUUGCUGAUGCGUUGUCUUAAGGAGAUGACACUGGCUAAACUCAGUGCUGUGUUUAGAGCUGCCUCAUAUGUCCUGCUGGCUUUUUCCACCAACACAUGGAUGGUUUGUUUGGUGGCUGUAGUGGGCAUGCCUGGUGGGAUCACACAAGCAGUUAUUCGAUCCCUGUCCUCUGCCAUUGUGGGUCCUGAUGAACAAGGUGCCAUGUUUUCCUUCUCAGCUUCAGUGGAGGCCACUUGCAUCCUCAUUUCUGCCAUCAUAUUCAACGGCCUGUACCCUCUAACCCUGCCUACAUUCCCUGGCAUGCCCUUCAUCAUCAUGGCUACUUUUUCCAUCAUUGUCCUCAUCCUUAUGCAGUGGAUAAGUGAAAUGCCAACUACUCAGCCUCGUCUGAUGCUCCAAGACUGAGAAUCUCUUUCACUGUCAUCCUUUACAGACUGCUAUUUUAUAAUGCACUGAAGAUCCAUUGAUGCCACAGCUAAUGUGGCUAUGUACAGUAACACUUCGGAUUAUUCUAAAAUUAAAACCACAAGAAAAAUUUCCCACCAUGUCAUAGCAUGUAUUAAACACCUUUCAACAAUCAUAUACUAGAACAUUACUCUAUGGUUGAAAUGUAGAGAGCUAAGUAGCACAAUAACAACCGUAAUGAAAUAAAAAUGAGAGGAGAGGUAAGUGAAAAUUGCAUCUUUAAAUUGUUCUCUCUGAAAUGCCAUUCCAAAGAGCAAAAAAAACAUCCUCAGUAUUUCUUUCACCUCUAGAGUCAAGGCCUGAAAUUGGUCUUCAAUUGAGGAGAUUUUAUUUAAUUUUGGGCCAAGCAAAGUAAAAGUCACUGCUCUAUUAAUUGAGCAGCAUGUUCUUUUAGGUCACUAGAACAGAUUGGCUUUGUGAUACAUACUAACAAAUGAAAAAAAAAAUUGUGCAGUGCUUUAAUGAAUUAUGUUGAGAUAUGUUGAGAUGUUGAAGAUAAAACCUCCUUGAAUGAUGUCAGUAUCAUCCAUAGACCCGUUUUCAGUAUUGGGUAAAAAUGAACAAGAUUUUAUCCGAUCUAUCUGAGUAUUAAUUAGGAAUAUUUCAGACUAUAUCAUGAUCAUAACAUUAAGAUGGCAUUUUGGGCAAAGCUAUCCCAAAAAGUAAUUUAGCUUGGUAGGUUGUGAGUUAUUUUUGCUAUGAACAUCAGGCAUUAUGAGAACAUUAUAAAACAUAUCAGUAGAUGCUUGACCAUUGAGUAAGUAUGUCCAGGAAGUGGAGUCUACAUAAGAAGCCAGUAUACAAUAUUGCUGCUUUAGUGGUUAGUGAGGUGAUAAAGUGAGGUGUAGUUAAGAGCAACUAAUGUAGGCAAUGAUUGAUAUACAUACUGAUUGGGCUGUCCCUUACUGUUUAUAUAGACAACUCAAGUUCAGACUCAAAAGGCAAAUAAUAACAACCAUUGCAGAUACCAUUGAAAACUAUAGACAGAGUGAUGUGUAAUAAUUAUUUUGUAGAAUGACUACACUGAGAUGGUUGUGUUGAGCCUGGAUGGGAAGAGGUGCAAUUUGUUACCUCAGGGUUAGAAAUUAGGGAACAAUCCAGCUAACCUUGGUGUGAGAAAGGUAUGCUUGGGCAGGACAAGAAAAUAUGAUAAAAGGGAUGGAAAAGAAAAGGAAGGACUGGAAUGUAAGGGAUUGUUGGCCUAGAGGUCCCAGAACUAUUGUAGUAUAUAAGUGUGAUGGGUGACAAAAUGAAACGAGUGGUCAGUAAGGUAGAGAAGACCAUAAGUUAAUGUGUGUUCCAGACUGAAAGGGGGCAUGCCAGAUUGAGAAUAGCAAAGUAAGUAAUAUGUAUAAACUAUUUUUGCAGACCUGUCUUGUGCUGUCAUAAAGGCUAGUUAAAGAAACUAAGAGGCAGAGGACAAAGGUGCAUGAAGAUGAUCAAGAGUUAAAUUUAUAUUAAUUUUGUAUUCUUGCAUACCAGUGUAGAUUUAUUCAACGCUAGAUACUCAAAGCACUUUUAUACGUCACUCUGGAUAAGGGCGUCUGCUAAAUGACUCAAAUGUAAAUGUAAAUGUAAGAUGGUGGGUGAAACAUAUAGCACCAGAUAUUGUUGUUUGAAAGUAUUAUAUACUGUGCUUAUUUUCAAAGCAUUUAAGCAAUAGGCAUGCCUUGAGCCAGCUUCCUGGGGGCAACAACAAUUGUCUUAAUUCCGAGUUCAUAAGAAUGACAGUGGCAAAAGAGGAUUAAAUUUCUUUUGAAGCAGAAAGCCAUCAAGAUAACAAUAAAUUAUACAUUUAAACUCCCGAGACAAUUUGUUCAUAGUUUAACAAUCACCAAUCACUGAUGUAUUAAAAUCAGUGUGACAGUGUGGGCCUCAGGGGGACUCAGAAGAGCUUGGGACAAAAAAGAAAGGGGAAGGUUUAGAUGGUGAGAUAUAUAAAAAGAGGAACAGUUUGGAAACAUUCUUUGAAUACGGGCAAAUGGGAUUCCCAUGUUCUUACACAAAUUAUCAUUUUAAUACACAAAACAGCAGAGGUUUCAAAAUGAAGUUGUUGAGUCUGUAGGGGUGGGGACAUCACUGAAUUAUUUCAGAAGGACCAUGGCUAGUACAUUCUUAGCCCAGAUUAGAUGGUGUAACUGCGAAUGGCAAUGGUAAUCUUCAAAGGUUGUGGGCAAGAAAAAUGAGAAUAGUGCCAAACCCAUGAUGUCAUUUUCCAUAAUGAGAUGGAAUACAUUUUUUGCUUACUGCUAUACUGUAAUAAGUACAUAAACUUUGUCAUAUAGAACAAAAGUAAAGUUUGUCCCAAACAUCAAUUAUUUUGUAAAUACAUUUUGUGUUACAGGAGACUGCUCUGCUACCCUUGGUGCCAUGGGGCAGAUGAUGCUGACAUCUCCCAUAAUGAGAAAUAUAAGCAUCUACAAAUGGCCCUGCAUACAAUCCCUCCAAACAAUAUCUGUUUGUUAGCAUAGAAAAAUCAUUAUUUUUUCAUAGACUCUCCUUAUUACCAACAUGAUCAAUACACUCCAGCAUGGAAGAAUGAUUAUUGGGAUCUUUGCUCUGCUGCAUGAGGCUUUAAUAUAUCAAAACUGACCAAUAAAAAUAGAGUUCAGCAAAAGAACCCAAACUUAGCACAUUCUUUUGCUAUAUAUA